GACACCCAGCGCUCGGGCUCCAUCUCUAAACGAUCUAAUUAAUGUCUAAUUAACGUUCAAUUAAUCUCCAAUUAAUCCUCAUCUUCUUCGCGUUUUUUCCUUUUCCCGCUCUGACUGUAAACGCUCGCGCGCUCGAGCGUCAUGUCCCGGUUUGCUCGCGCGUCUCUCGCGCACUGUCUCCUCUUCUCCGGCGUGUUUUUGCUUCGCACGUGCUUCUCCAGCGGCGACAGUGAAGAGUGUCCAGAUAAUAAGAUUCUAACAGUGGAGUAUCCGUGUACCAGAGCUGGAGGCCAGACCAGCACGUGUCUCAGGCGGAAGUGCUGUAAGGGUUUCAGGUUCGUGAUGGGCCAGUGUAUACCAGAAAGUGUAGAUGUGUGUGCUGGCUCUCCCUGUGAACAGCAGUGUACAGAUAAUUUUGGCCGGGUGGUGUGUACUUGUUACCACGGAUACCGCUUCGAUCGGGAGAGACAUCGGCAGCACAUACACCCGUACUGCUUAGAUGUGGAUGAGUGUGAGGAGUCUAACGGGACGGUGUGUGAACAUGUGUGUGAAAAUACACCCGGCAGUUUCCGCUGCCAGUGCAGUGCUGGAUACACACUGACCGCAGACCAGCGCUCCUGUACUCCUGCACACAACAUGUCUCUCGCUCACUCCACGGGAUCUGUGGCUAAAUCUGAUAAUCAGAUGAGCGCGGGCUCCUGCUCCCUCACCUGCCAGGACAUCAUGAGCAUGAGAGCCAGCCUACAGCAGCUCAAACUCCGCAUAGGACACGCCCACUCACCUGGACAGGUGCUGUCGCCUGGCUUAGCUAACAGCAGUGAAAAACCUUUUCCUGGCAGGGUGGGCAAAAAUUCUGAUGGCCACGCCCCCACGGGUCCUCCAGGGGCACCUGGACCCCCAGGCCUGCCAGGACAUCCAGGGCCUCCAGGGCAGAAGGGGGAACCUGGAGCCAGGGGUCAGCCAGGCCCUCAGGGGCCCAGAGGAGACAUGGGUCCAAUGGGCCCCCAGCCUGACCUGGAGCACAUAAAGCGAGGACGCAGAGGACCUGUGGGACCACCAGGAGCACCUGGACGAGAUGGACUUAAGGGAGAGAGAGGAGCUCCUGGACCCCGAGGACCACCAGGACCUCCAGGAUCCUUCGACUUCCUGUUGCUCAUGAUGGCGGACAUCCGUCACGACAUCAUCGAGCUGCAAGAGCAAGUGUUUGGGAAGAGGCGGGACUUAAAUUUGGACACGGCUCCUAAUUCCAUUGGGGAGCCAGAGCUUGAGGACUGGGGUUCAGGAGACUCCUUGCUUAAUACGUGAUGUGCUGCUGACCAUGUGACCUGUCAAAGUAAAUGAGAGGCACCCUACAACUCUCAAAGGCUAAUACCUGAACCUUGUCCCACAGUAUUGAAUCUUCGAACCUGAGAUCAAGCAGUUGUCUCUCUUAUUGUAAAGGGAGCUGUACAGCAAACUAUUGCUUGGAUGGACUGUAGUGGGCACUGGAGAGACACAUAAACGUGAGAGCAAAGAAGAAAAAAGACUGUAAUUAUGAAUCGACAAUCAACUUUUCCCGCUUUCAUGUAACCCAUACAUGUUGUUCAUUAAUGUACAUGUACAUCCAUGUCUGUGCACUCAUAUAUAUGUCUGUUAGAGGGACGUGUAUGAUGAUUAUGUAUAUUUUGAUAAUGUAUAUUUUUAAGCCUGGAAUAUCAUUUUAUAAUAUAUAAGUGACAGUUUGGCCAAAAAUCAAAGCAUCUCAGCCAAGACAUGUUUGGAAUCUGAGGUUUGAGUCUUUAGUUCAGCACUGGAGCUACAAGGCUAAUGUUGCUAACAAGUAUUAGAAGCUUAUGAAUCCACUGGUUUAGAAUCAUGCAAACUGCAAGCGUAGCAUUGUGCAAACUGAAUUUUUACAGGCUAUUUUUGUUUUGUUCUUAUUCUAUGGUCAAAAAUUCUUUGAUGAACCUUUGAUGAAAAAUUCAUCUUUGGAGAGUCGCAGAGCCAAUAUCUGAAUAGGUUGCUGGUGCUUUUUCUAACUGAUUUGGCUUACGGUGUUCAUACUACCAGCUACCCCUUAUGUAGUAACACCUUAGCAACAACCUGGGAUACCAUAGCAAUGGCCUAGCAACGCCUCAGCAACAACCUGGGAUACUAUAGCAAUAGCCUAGCAACUCCUUAGCAACCACCUGGGAUACCACAGCAAUGGCCUAGCAACUCCUUAGCAACAACCUGGGAUUACCACAGCAAUGGCCUAGCAACUCCUUAGUAACAACCUGGGACACUAUAGCGAUAGCCUAGCAACUCCUUAGCAACCACCUGGGAUACCAUAGCAAUGGCCUAGCAACACCUUAGCAACAACCUGGGAUACCACAGCGAUAGCCUAGCAACUCCUUAGCAACCACCUGGGAUACCACAGCAAUGGCCUAGCAACUCCUUAAC